CCGCCAAGAUGCUGCUCUGUCGUCUGGUCGCCCUGGCUGCCCUCGCGCUCGCCGUCGAUGGCGGCGCCACCGUCCUCUACUGGUCGUCGAGCAGCUGCUUCGAUGGCGCGACUGCCCCGGCCUUUGGCUCCUCCCUCUCCUCAUCGGACAUUAUCAGCGAUGCCCGUCUGGCAGAGGGCCUGACCCUGGUCAUCAAGGCUCCUCAGGUUGCCGCUUGUGAAGCCUGCAGCUCCCUGUACGAGGCCGCUGCCACGCGUGGCUUUGGCUUCACCAACGAGUCCCCCGACAGCUUUGUGCAGGCGUGGCAGAGCAAGCCCACUCUGAUCAACGCUACCAACGGCCAGCUCAGCCUCGAUACUCUUAACAUCGAGGCGGAGGGCCUCGUCGUCAUCUCUGUGGAUCAACCCAUUGCCAACUUUGCCUCGGAGCUCCAGGCUUUCUCGGGCAAGGUGGCUGAGCGCGCCCUGCGUAUCAUCUUGGUCGAGGCCGACAACAUGCCCACCGUGACGCGCUCGAUGGAGUCGCUGCGCCAACGCCGCGACACCCUCCCCACGCCUCCCGCCUCCCCCAGCGAUAACUACAUCACCACUCGCAUUCAGCAGCGCCACGAGGUGGCCAACCAGUGGUUCAGCAUUCCCAUCCUCAUGGGCCUGAUCAUAGGUAUCUUCAUCAUCUCCCUCAUGUUGGUCGGCAUCUGGGGCCUCUUCGCUACCCAGACCAUGGAGCGCUGGCCCGAUGCCAACACCGACAAGAACAUCCAAGUUCCCCAGUAAACAACUGGGUAAUCACUUGGCCUGGCUAAUUUGGUCCUUGCACAGUGUCCUGAUUACGUUGGAAGGCCAAUCUGCUCUCGCAGCCCAUUCUCUUUCUCCUGCCAUGGUCAUAAGGUGCCCCCACAUUGGCAUCUUGUAGCCCUCUGGCUUAUCCUUCUUCCAUUUGCCUUGCUUCGCUGGUCUUCCGUCCUCUGCCUUGUCAUGUGUACUACCAUCCUCCUUCGCUGGGACAACUCCGUAGCGGGCUAGGGGGGGCGCGCGCUCUUGAGCAGCCCAUGGUGCAACAAAAACACUUACACCAGGGUUUAACCCGCGAGCGCGACAACGCAUUUUCCCAAGUUUGGUCCCUUUAUGCGUUUUGCUUUUGUUUUGUGCCGUGUUUUGCUUGGUGGUUGUGUGUGCUAUGCUGCCAACCUCUCUUUGUAUUGGGGUCAUGAGUUGGUUGAUAUCCCGCUGCGGGGCGCAUUGUCGCUUGAAGACACAUAAGACAACUAUGCACAAUCAAAACCAGAUGUGCAGGCGAGCUUGUCUUUCUCGAUUGCGUUCAGCAACCGAGUUGUCCGUGCCACCUUGUGUCUGUUUACGCCAGUGGUGCCUCUGCCUGUUCGCCCUGCCCUUUCUCUACUUCUCCCUCUCGUUUUUAGGUCACCACAACCCUUGCCCCUCUUUCAAUGAUUGUCAAGCCCCCCAAAAUUCAAAUCAUGUAAACGCU